GUCGUGAAUCUAACACCCGAUAUAAAUAAUUCACUGAAAUAAACUUUACCAAUAAAUUGUGCGUCGUUUGAGGGUUCUCAAUAUUUAUGUAGCAUAAGUGUGCGCCUAUUAGUUUUGUUAAAAAAGGGAAAAAUGUUAUUUGCGAAAUUUAAUGUCGAUUUAUUUAAAAACUACUGAUCUCAUAAUUUAAUAAACGCUAAUCGAUUGCGCGUCAUUUGUGCUUGAAGUUCAGCUACUAUGGUAAGCAGAGUUUAUUUUGAAAUUAUUACUAGUAAUAAUUAUGUACUAUGAACAUAUUAUUAUCUGUGAUUCAGCAAUAGGGCUCGCGUAUUUGUAAUAUCAAUGAAAAAUUAAGUAGUAUAUAUCAUUAUUACUAAUAAAUAAUAUAAAGAUAAAUUCUGCUUAUCAUAAUAGCUCAGUAUUCAAACACAAAUGACGCGCAAUCAAUUGGCGUCAAUUAUAUUAUGAUAUUUUCAGUAGCUUUUAGAUAAAUCGACAUUGAAUUUCGACCUGCACCCGAAAAAAUUUUCCUUUUUUUUAACAAAACUAAUGUGCUCACAAUUAUGUUACUUACAUAUUGAGAACCCUCAAACGACGCACAAUUUAGUGGUGAAGUUUGAAUUAGCGGAUUAUUUAUGUCGGGUGCCAGUUUCACAUGAUUCAGAAAUAGAUAGUAUUGACCAUAGAUUACUAUAUGAUAUUAAUAGUUCACUGUUAAUAAAUAUAACCUAAAAUUCAGUAAAAACGUUAAAAUCUGGCAUGUGGAUAUGAUAUGUGCAGACUGCAGAGGAUUACUCCACAAUUGCACAAGUAUUGCGGCUUUGACGUUUUUACAAAAUGAACGUAUUAGAACUAUACAGUGGAAUUGGAGGAUUACAUUUGGCUUUGAAAAAGAGUGGAAUAAAAGGUGAUGUUGUUUGCUCCAUCGAAAUAAAUCCAUCUGCAAAUAAAGUUUAUGGGUAUAAUUUUCCAAAUACUUUUCUUUUAAAUUACAACUUAGAAAACCUUACUGCUGAGUUUGUUAAUCAAUUAAAAGUUGAUACUAUUCUUAUGUCUCCACCAUGUCAACCGUUUACAAGAAACGGUUUGAAGAAAGACGUUCAAGACCCUAGAACUAGCUCGUUUUUACGAAUUUUAAGCCUACUUCCACAUACGACAGUGAGGAAGAUUUUGAUUGAGAAUGUAAAAGGUUUUGAAACUUCAGAAAUGAGAGAAAAGUUAACAGAAACUUUGAUGCAAUGUAAAUUUGUAUUUCAAGAAUUUAUUUUGUCUCCGUCACAGUUUGGAAUACCCAAUACAAGGCACAGAUACUAUUGUUUGGCUAAAAGGAUCCCAGAUAGCUUUUCAUUUCAGACAGGGCCUUUGAUGACUAAAUUACCUGGCAUUGCUAACAUGGACAUUCAGUUUUCAUUAUCAAAAAUUGUGGAAGAAAAUGCAAGUGAAUGUUAUAAAAUUUCUGACUAUAUCCUAAGAAAAUAUUUUAGUGUAAUGGACAUUUGUGGAAUUGAUUCAAAAAGAUCUUGUUGUUUUACAAAAGGAUACAGCCGCUAUAUACAUGGGACCGGAAGUGUUUAUUCAAAUAAAACAGAGUUUGAAGUGACUUCAGUUCUGAAUAAUUUAAAUAAAUGCCAGAUGCAGCAAGAUAAAGACUUGAAACAAAUAAAAGAGUUAAAUUUACGGUUUUUUACUCCUAAAGAAGUUAGUAGGUUAAUGUGUUUCCCAGAAAAUUAUAGUUUCCCAUCAGAAAUUUCAGAUAAACAAAAAUAUAUGAUGUUAGGUAACAGUGUUAAUGUGGCUGUGGUAUCAGAACUAAUGCAACUUUUAUAAAUUCAUGAAAGGCAUUUUAAUGAAAAACUGUUUGAGAAUAAAUAAUACAUGAAAGGAACAUUUGGCAAGGAGUAAUACAAAAAAAAAAGGUUUUGCUAUCAAUCACAUACAUUACUUUAUUUUCAGAGGAAAACAAUGUGAAAAUAAACAGGUAUGCAAUAGUUAUUAUUUAAAAAUUGUCAAGGAUGAUUACCCCUUUUAGAAUUUAAGAUUUUCCUUAAUUGCUAAAUUUUAAAACCCUUUGAAGAACUUCAUGACCAUUUUUGUUUCAAAGAUGCAGAUAAAAAGUAAAAAAGUUCAUAAAUGUAUGUUUGCAUAUGUAGUUAAAACGGUACUUUUCUUAAUGCACAUUUCUGUACCACUUUUUAAUGCUUUUAGUACUAAAUGAAAACCAUUCUUUAGUUAAGACUUCAAAAUUAAAUGACUGAUUGGUUUCUAAAUACAUCUCACACCAAACAAUACUUAAUCAAUCAAAACAAUGCUCUCUUUGAUAUGUAAUUGAUAAUUAUUAAAUCUCAGUAUUGGGUCGCCAAACAAUAGAUCCGAAAAUUGCCGGGGGCUCGAACUGACAGCCCUUGGAUGACUAUGGUCACUAAUCAUGAUCAAAGUUAAAAAGAAUUUAAGAAAAGAGACAAUCAAAAUAAGCAUAGGCUUAUUGAUUACAUCAAAACAGAGGAUAGAAAUCUAUUAUUCUUUAAAAAUAAGUCACCGCAGCCCAAUUAUUAACUAAUACUCCCGUCCAAAGACUUGGACAAUUGAAAAAGGCCAGAUCACAGUGAUGAUACAUUUUGAGCAUUUUUGUGUUACUUUGUACACAUUAAAUUAAUUACCAAUUACAUAUCAAAGAGAGCAUUACUUUCAAAAAUUUGGUACCAUUUGGUUUGAGUAAUGGUUAGAAACCAAUGAGUUACUUGACUUUAGAAUGGCCCAUUUAUUCUAUCUAUCAUCUGUUUGUUUACUUAAUAUUUUCUAACUAACAUUUUAAAAAUUAUUUAGUUUCUUCCAUUUUAAUGUUUUUAACCAUGCUGUUUUUGUAUAUAUAAAAACUAUCAAUAAAAUGUUAGUUUUUUAAUUAAGGUAAUAAUCUAGUAAUCCAUCUUAGUAAAUUAAAACAUUACUUACUACUUAAUUAUAUGGGAAUUUUAUACUAUUCUACAUUUUUGUACAAAAUUGUGAUGUACACGUAGGAGUAUUAGAAAAAAAUUAAGUCAAUACAUCUAAAUAUGCAUGAUAUCUUGAAAAUCCGAAAUAAUUCGCAUAUUUAAAUGAUUUGUAAAUUAAAAUACCAGUAAAGUGUAUUUAACUAAAAAAAUAAUGUUUCUCUUUAUACUACAAUAUAUAAUGUAUAAAUAUUUCAUUGAACAACUGCAUGCAGAUUAGCAAUUUCAAGCAUUAAAAUAAAUUAUAAAGUUAUGACUUACAGCACAGAAUAUGGUCCCAAAGUACUACUGUUAUCAUUUAAAAAUAUACCUUCAGUUUUCAUUAUGUAAAAAUUGUCUUGUAGAAAAAGCAUAUGAGUAAUUUUAUUACAAUUGAUGAAAUAGAUGAAGUAUUGUGAAACAUUAUUUGAUAAUUAACAGAAUAAAAAGAAAUAAUAGCUUUCAAUGUUUCAAAAAAUUGUUAUUUUUAUGCUUGCUUCAAUGUCCUGUCUUUUUGAAGAUAGUACUAUUUGUACUUUUCAGAACGACGUACGACGCCGAAACAAGUAGAGAUUUAAUAAAAAUCUUUAGAAACAUUAAAAAGCUAAUAUUUCUUAAAGUUCUUUUAAUUACAGGAAUUAUUAAUAAUUAAUUGAAAAUAAAUGUAUACACCUA